GGGCAUUCCUCGAUCUUCUACAUUAGUAAACGUAAGCCCACAGCCAUUCUGGUCAAUGUGAAUACCAAACCGAGACAAAGAAAGUUUUUUUUAUAUCUAUCAAACAUAAAGUCGAUUGCAGGGUUUUUCUUACCUAAGGUGCUGACACCCCUGGAGGUGCGAGAAGUUAUUUCAUGAGGGUGAUAGGAAAGGAUAGUGAAGCACAGAAGAAACAUUAGCUUUAAAAGUAUGAUAUGAAUGUUUUUAUAUUUUUAAACAUUUCUUCUUCAACAUUUAACUUUAUAUAAAAAGCCACAAGUUUUCUUUUAUAAGUUCUCUACUUCUCUAUUUCUAGAUUCAAUAAAUAAAUUAGGAGUGCAUUAUUUUCAAAUGUAAAAAUGCAAUGUUACUUAUGUUAGGAUGUGCAUGAAUCAGUAAAACAAUUUGUAGGGGUGUGAGGCAAGUCAAAUUAUCUGUAUGGGGUGCGGAGUAUAGCAACGGUUGUGAAUUACAGGUCUAAUUGUUAGGACAAAAGCUUGUCGUGUAAGUAGUUUACUACAUGUGUAAAAAGUGAUCAAUGUGUCCAUUUGUUUACCUGACGCAAAUUAUCAAUUUGUUUACCCGACACAAAUGAUAAAUUUGUUUACCUGACACAAAUUAUCAAUUUGUUUACCUGACACAAAUGAUCAAUUUGUUUACCUGACACAAAUGAUCGAUUCGUUUACCUGACACAAAUAAUCAAUUUGUUUACCUAACAAAAAUGAUCGUUUGUUUACCUGACAAAAAUGAUCGUUUGUUUACCUGACACAAAUGAUCAAUUUGUUUACCUGACACAAAUGAUCAAUUUGUUUACCUGACAAAAAUGAUCAAUUUGUUUACCUGACAAAAAUGAUCGUUUGUUUACCUGACACAAAUGAUCAAUUUGUUUACCUGACACAAAUGAUCAAUUUGUUUACCUGACACAAAUGAUCAAUUUGUUUACCUGACACAAAUGAUCAAUUUCUUUACCUGACACAAAUGAUCAAUUUGUUUACCUGACAAAAAUGAUCGUUUGUUUACCUGACAAUAAUGAUCGUUUGUUUACCUGACACAAAUGAUCAAUUUGUUUACCUGACGCAAAUUAUCAAUUUGUUUACCUGACAAGAUUGAUAAAUUCGUUUACCCGACACAAAUGAUCGAUUUGUUUAACUGACACAAAUGAUCAAUUUGUUUACCUGACACAAAUGAUCAAUUUGUUUACCUGACACAAAUGAUCAAUUUGUUUACCUGACACAAAUGAUCGUUUGUUUACCUGACACAAAUGAUCAAUUUGUUUACCUGACACAAAUGAUCAAUUUGUUUACCUGACAAAAAUGAUCGUUUGUUUACCUGACACAAAUGAUCGUUUGUUUACCUGACACAAAUUAUAAAUUUGUUUACCUGAUACAAAUGAUCAAUUUGUUUACCUGAAACAAAUGAUCGAUUUGUUUACCUGACGCAAAUUAUCAAUUUGUUUACCUGACACAAAGGAUCGAUUUGUUUACCUGACACAAAUGGUCAAUUUGUUUAACUGACACAAAUGAUCAAUUUGUUUACCUGACACAAAUUAUCAAUUUGUUUAAGUGACACAAAUGAUCAAUUUGUUUACCUGACACAAAUGAUCGAUUUGUUUACCUGACACAAAGUAUCAAUGUGUUUACCUGACACAAAUGAUCGAUUUGUUUACCUGACACAAAUAAUCAAUUUGUUUACCUGACACAAAUGAUCGAUUUGUUUACCUGACACAAAUGAUCAAUUUGUUUACCCGACACAAAUGAUCAAUUUGUUUACCUGACACUAAUGAUCGAUUUGUUUACCUGACACAAAUAAUCAAUUUGUUUACCUGACAAAAAUGAUCGAUUUGUUUACCUGACACAAAGGAUCAAUUUGUUUACCUGACACAAUUAAUCAAUUUGUUUACCUGACACAAGGGAUCAAUUUGUUUUCCCGACAAAAAUGAUCAAUUUGUUUACCUGACACAAAUUAUCAAUAUGUUUACCUGACAAAAAUGAUCGAUUUGUUUACCUGACACAAAUGAUCAAUUUGUUUAUCUGACACAAAUGAUCGAUUUUUUUACCUGACACAAAUGAUCGAUUUGUUUACCUGGCACUAAUGAUCGAUUUAUUUACCUGACACACAUGAUCAUUUUGUUUACCUGACAUAUGUCGUCAGUGUGCACGGAUCAUCGAAAGCCACCUGAGAGUGAACCAGGCCGAUGGUCAACAACACCACUAAAACCCGGCACACCAUUGUGUGGCAAGGAACGUUCCACUUGUUAGCUAUGAUGACACACAGAGCUUUUUCAAAUUUUAAUAUUAUUUUAGUUUUUACUUUUGACGGACUGUGUGCUCGAGUACACGUUGAUUUUAAUGUUUUUAUAUUAUAGUCCUUGAAUUAAGUUCCUAAUAUUCUUCUGUGCUGUGUGCUCUACAUGCAAAGAUUGUCUCCAGAUUGUUAAUGCGUGUAAUCAAAGCAGCUGUUAUUUGGCUGUGGAAGGAAGACAACUUCGUGUUCCAUUAGCAAUCUUUAUCAUGUUUUAUAAACUUUUUUUCUUAUUUUUUCAUGCAAAUUAAAUUGUAGGAUUUUUCUCAUAAGCGGUUUUUCUUUCAAUGACCUGCAAAAAUUCAUAACGUUUGAGAAGCAUUUUGUGUGUGUGUGUGUGCAGCUUAAGUCCAUCACUCUCUUUGAACGAUGGGCGCAAUGUUAUUUUAAAUAUCAAACAACAACAGUCAGGUUAAAAAACACAAGUGUCAUCGUUUGACCUAUCACAUAAACACAGCCCCAAGACACUAUUAAAACGACUGUAACACACAAAAAUAUUUUUUAGGAACGUGAUUUCGCAAAAUAAAAAUAUAGCUUUAAACCUGAACAUGACCCCCCCCCCCCCAUAAAUUACUAGCAAUAGAUAUUUAACAUGUUUCGUUCAAUUUGAUCAAUAAAUUCUAAGUACUUGAAAGGUUCACAGUUGAAGUGAUUACCUCAUAAAAUGCCAGAGCAGGUAGCGUCGUUAAAAAAAAGUACGUUUUAACGUUGGAGAACAUGGCUUCGAAAAAAAAAAUCAUGUUUGUGAGCUAACAGUUAAUUGUAUUGUUGAACACCAUACAUAUCGCAAGUCAAGUGAAUUUAAUCAACUGACGUCACAGUCGCAGCUAUUAUACAAAGUCUUUUUUUUAAAUAUUGAUUUCAAGCAUCUAGUCCCAAGGAACGCGUGUUGCAAGGCUCUGUGUUUCAGCUGAUUCCUAUCUUUGAGAGAUGUAUUACUUGGUCCUUGUACAACUUGGCUUAAUGGUCUUCGGCAUUGUGAAUUCUCAAGGAAUUUACGACAACCCAUGCACACUAUUUGAUUCACCAAGGUAAAAAAAAAGAAAAGUAAGAAGACAAUAUAAUUGCGUAAAUCCUUUAAGAUAUUAAUAGCUUUUUACAAACGAACUAGAUUUAUCUGACUAUCUGAGGCUUUAAACAAAUAAAAUAACCUCUUUCAACUGCAGCCGGUAUUUUGAUAAAGAUGGUGUUAUGUACCUGACCGUACCAGUGAACUGUGUCUCUGGAGAUGUCUAUUGGAAUUACCCACAGGUAAUGUGAUCGACAUGCGUCUUUUCUUUACGUGGACAUUUUGUCAUGAAUGCUUAGAUUAAUGCCCUUACCUUGUAGAUAGAUUCGCUUGCAGAAGUUAAGAAUGAAUGUUCAAAAUUCAUUUAAAAUACACACACAGCUGUCAGUUCUCAAGGCUUUCCAAAAUAAAGUAUCGACCAAUUCAUGAAAUAGUUUUUAAAACAAAAAACCAGUAUGCUUCAUUUGAACAUGAGGUGCCACUCAGCUUACAUCAUGUUAAGUCAUUCUAAUUCGUUUUAAGUCAUGUUAAAUCAUUUUAACUCAGGCUGAUUCGUUUUAAGUCAUGUUAAAUCAUUUUAACUCAGGCUGAUUCGUUUUAAGUCAUGUUAAAUCAUGUUAACUUAGGCUGAUUCGUUUUAAGUCAUGUUAAAUUACGCUGAUUCGUUUUAAGUCAUGUUAAAUCAUUUUAACUCAGGCUGAUUCGUUUUAAGUCAUGUUAAAUCAUUUUAACUCAGGCUGAUUCGUUUUAAGUUAUGUUAAAUCAUGUUAACUUAGGCUGAUUCGUUUUAAGUCAUGUUAAAUUAGGCUGAUUCGUUUUAAGUCAUGUUAAAUCAUUUUAACUCAGGCUGAUUCGUUUUAAGUCAUGUUAAAUCAUUUUAACUUAGGCUGAUUCGUUUUAAGUCAUGUUAAAUUAGGCUGAUUCGUUUUAAGUCAUGUUAAAUCAUUUUAACUCAGGCUGAUUCGUUUUAAGUCAUGUUAAAUCAUGUCAAGUCCUGUGUCAGAAUCGCAAUCUCACUAUCAACCGUAACAGAGGCGAAGUGAGCAAAUCAUAGUGCCUAAUAUUUUAUUAUACACGAUCACAAUACGAAAUACAUCUCAUGAACAUCCGAACAUACUUAGAACUAGUAUCAUAUUAAUCUCAAUACUUCAAUUACUAGCUUCUCUGGAUAAUCUUCUUUACUUAGAAUUCAUAAUGUAACAACACAUCAUAAACCUGCCAAUACUCUUAUAUAAACAUCGUGGAUCAACUGUUGUAGUAUUCAAGCUCCAUUGUUGUUUUCACUCCUUGCUCUCCUCUCAUUGGCUAGUUUUCUCUAAGUCCCAAUACUCUUUAUAUUACUUAAUUAAUAACUCCCUUAUUACUUAACUCCCCUAUAUUCAUAUCUGUGACAGUCAUGCUAUUUGAUUUUAAGUCAUGUCAAUUCAUGUUAAGUCAUGUUCAUUCAUGUUAAGUCAUGCCAAUUCAUGUUAAGUCAUGUUAAUUCAUGUUAAGUCAUGCCAAUUCAUGUUAAGUCAUGUUAAUUCAUGUUAAGUCAUGCCGAUUCAUGUUAAGUCAUGUUAAUUCAUGUUAAGUCAUGCCAAUUCAUGUUAUGUCCUGUUAGUCAUGUUAAGUAAGAAGUGUUUACUUAUUUUUUUUUUUAGAAAGUGCACCGACGAAAAACAUUUUACAAAAAUUGUUUUUAUUUUCUUAUAUUUGAAUUAUUUAAAUCGACGAACCAAAAGAAAGAGUUCCGUUCUUUAAAUUUUCCAACUUUUUUUUCAAUUUUUUUGAAAAAGGGUGCUGCUGGGGGUUUUCUUUUAUUUCUCCCCCCCCCCCCCCCCUUUUUCAACUGGCUACGCUACUGGUGCCACUGCAAAACUGAAUGGCCUUCAUAAUUUAAAAAAAAAAUUUUCCUAAACAUAUUUUAGAGUUCAUCAAAGUUGCUUAUUUUUCUAUCCAUCUUAUUUUGUUCGUUUCAUUUGAAUGUUCAUUAUUUUCAAAGUUUACAAUAAGUCAGCAGUGUUUCAUAAUUAUGAAAGUAAUUUUUUUUAAAAAUCAAGCACUUAAUACUUGGUGUAGAUCCUCAUUAAAUCCACAUUAUUAUGUAAACUUUUUUAGCGAGUAAAAUAUGUCAUGAUAUUUAACGCAAAGAAAAACAGAAACAAUUCAUUCAGCUACUCAAUGUACAUGUAACUUCAAUUCAGGCAGUAAGUAGUUUUUACAUGCAUUCAGACCUUCAGUGAAACAUCGUUCAUGCCUUAAGUUAAACAUCUCAUUAAACUUGCCUUCAUUUUGUCGCCAGGGCUCCAUCGUCCUAAAUGCCACCAGGUCCUCCACGGAUGUAUACGCCCUCUGCAUCGACGCCACCCAGGGCACGGAGUUUGCCGGACUAUGGGAGAUAACAGGAGGUGUGGAGGAAGCUCUCGAAAUACCAACUGAAGGUUUGUGCCUUAAAAUGUGAAAUUGUCCUUACAGGAAAUCAUUUUUUUUAUUUGAUUCUUUUUUUCUUGCUGAUCAUCGCUUUUUUUUUUUGCCUCUUCUUAAAGAGAAUGGAGGUGUUUGCAUAAAGAACAUAAGAGGAGAAGCAGCCGUUAAAAUCACAGCACCAUCACUCAGGCGGUACCUCACCAUCUUCAAAUACAGAAUUCAGUACCCAGCCCCAUGAAGAGCACCAUGACCAGCACGAUAAGAUGUUCAUAUUAAAAAGAGAUUGUAAAAACUCUGAGAUGGCAGCUCUUGUUUUAUUGUAUUAGGGUUGUGAUACGUCGUAAAAAAUGUAUCUAGAGAUUUAACACACGAAUUCAUUCUUCAAAGGAGGACUUGGUAGCGAUGCCACGUCUUCUCUUCUCUUUAUUUGUUGACUUGAAGAGAGCGAGGAAGUAAUGCUUAGUAUUCAAAUAACAAUGAGCUUAUGUUGAAGCGUCGCCAAUGACAAGUUUUCAGGAACU